GAGAGAAGAGAGCGUCUCAGAGACACAUGAGCAUGAGGAGGUUUUUCAGAACUCAGCGGGACGAAGACUUCGGUCAGAUCCAGUAUCUGACGGCCAAGUGCACACGCCUGGCUCAUGACAAAGCAGUCCUCGACCGGGAGUUCCUGGUGUCCAGAGAGAGGGAGAGGAGGCUGCAGAACGACCUGGAGGCUGUGACGACUCGACUCCUCCACCAGGAGCAGCUGAACGUGGAGCUGAGGAUGAAGCACGACCAGCUCAGCGGCAGAAUCCACCAGCAGCAGGACCUGGUGCACUUGCUGCAGCAGCGUGUGGGCCUGCUGGUGGAGGAGAGCUCCCGGGACGCGGAGGUGCUGCGGCAGGUCGGCUCGGAGCUGCUGUGUCUGCAGAGCUCCGAGGUGAAGCUGGAGGGCCUGGUGGAGGAGCUCAACACCGAGGCACAGCACAAGGCCGCGGUGGCGGAGGGUCUCCGGGCGGAGCUGCACGGAGAGGCCCGGAACAGGGCCGCACAGACUGAGGGCCUCCAGGCGGAGCUGCACAGUAAGACGCUGGAGCUGGAGGAGCAACGAGACGUCAACACGACUCUGAGAGACGAGCUGAAGGAUCUGGACAGAGCUCAUCAGAAGCAGGUCCGAGAGCUGCAGCAGGAGAACGAGAGAAGUCUGAGGAAACUGCAGGAGACAGCGGAGCAGUUCGAGUGGCUGUGUCAGCAGCAGCGAUUCUGGAUGUGUUGUGUCAAGAGGUUAAAACAGUCUCUGAUGGAGGAGAGAGACGCUCUGCUGCAGCAGGUCAACACGCUGCAGAAGAAAAUUGAGAAACUGACCUCGAGGUCACACGGUGUCAGUCCCACACAGAGCCUGCGCUGCCCCCUACAGGACACUGAGACUCGCGAGGGCAGUGCAACAUCGUGGGAUGCAGACGAGGUGACUGACCUGGAGUCUCAGGUGGAGAAAUCAAACACGUUGUAUGAGGAGCUCUUUAACCAGGCAGGGAGUCCGAUCAACAGACACCAGAAACCUCCGUGAGGACUUGAGCCCGGACUCUUCUGUGUUUUCUCUUCCAAACGUCUGCAGACCAGGAGACGACGACUGGACGUUUGCCUGUGUGGUUUGCGAUGUAGAAUACUUCCCAUCAUUGUGUAAGAAUAAAAAACAGAC